AUGAAGAAGACCUUCCAAGUGCUCGGGAUUGUUCCCUCCAGCAAGUCGACCCGCCGACUGAUGGUCCUGAUGCACGACACCUUGACCCCGCCUUCGCAGGCGCCAGCGCUCGCACGAGCCGCCCAAAGAGCGGUGCGAAACGACGCAGCCCUGGCCUCCAAUGUGAUUCGAGUCAUUAUGGAUGGUCCUGUACAGACUGCGCUGCGCAAGCACUUUGGAUUGGCCGAGACACCGUUCAUGUUCGCGCGGGCCCGAGGGUGUCGUGCUUGACCCCGAGGUCGAGAAGCUUUUCUCGAAAUGCGUGAAGCUGAACCCGAUUGUGACGAAAGCCACGAAGAGGUUCCCGAUCGCUCGUCACAUGUACGAGCUUGUAUUCGAAUCCGAGCAAGCUUGUCUUGAAGCCGCUUCAGCGGGCCCAUUCCCCUACCACGGCAAGGAGAUGGUUACCGAGCUCCCCAGCGCCUCUCCCUUAACCACGUCAUGCAGGUGUGAUUCACCUUGCCCUCCUCCUCCAGCGCGAUCCCCGCUUCUGUGCUCCGAAAAUCUCUCGAUGAUGCUAUCACCCUUUCGUUCGGCCACGCAGGUCGCACGCAAGGUUAUACCCUGAUGCAAUUACAGCGGGGCCUCGCGGUCGAUCCGAAUGGUGAUCCGAUGGCCAUGACCGAAGACGGGUUCCACUGCGCGUACCUUCGCUUACAUGCUGAUCUUUUCCAAGGCUCCAUCGAGACGCAGAAGGCUGCGCUCAAUGCCGCUUUGCCACAAGAGAUCGAGAUCCUGGGCGCCAAGUACGGCUUGCGACACGAAUUUGAGACGCACUACUGCGCGGUGUGCGAUCGCGCCGGACACCAGUGGGGCGCUUGCAGGAAGCCAGUUUCGACUCCGGCCACCGCCGCCCCUGUUCCGGGGGCCUCGACCUCGACUUCGACUUCGACCACCGGCUUCCGAGUUGCUGGAAAGAAUGGGAAGCACGGUGGGCCUGCCGCAUUGAACUCUCGUGUCUCUGGCGCAAACAUGAUCCAGCUGGGACCUCGUGCUAACCCCGCAGGUGCAGUAACUGCCAACAAGGACGACGCGAACGACGGCGACGACGAGUCGGUCGUUUCGACCGAACCGGAGGGCGGCGACACUGGGGAAGAGACGUCGACGCGUGCGACCCUGGGCUCAACAAAGGAGACGUAGACGACGACGGCGGCACCCGUUUCGACCCCGACCUCUCCUUCGCCUUUGUCCGGUGGCACGUCGGGAUCAUCGGCAACCUCGACAACCUCGAUAGCCUCGACGAGUCCUCAACGCCUUCGUUCGAGCUCGGCACCCAGCAACCGACAUGUCACCCGGGCGGGAUCCGCCAUGAUCCUCGGUGCAUCAGGGGGUCACAGGUCCAAGGUGACCGAAUUCGAGGGGGGCGGCGCUGAACUGAUUUAAUCAUGAUUGAGUCACUCACCGUGUUGACGUUCAACGUCCGAUCGAUGAAGAACGCAGUCAACCAAGUCAAAAUCAUCCGUUAUCUCAAAACCCUUCGGCCGGCCCCUGCGGCCAUCCUCCUGCAAGAGCACCACCUCAGCUACAACGCGUCGCGCAAAGGCUUCGAGAGUGCUUGGCCGGGGCUUGUAUUCGUUUCACUCCUCAUGUCCUUACCCUCAUACCCGAUGGCUCACCUUUGGCGGGCCAUCUCCUUUCCUCUACCCCGGUCGUCUUUGCAGGAGCUCCUCGUUUCGACGGUCGGAUUCUGCGCUCGGUGUUUCGUCUUGAGGAGCUCGAUGUCGAGAUCAUCAACAUGUACGCGCCGGUGCAGGAGGACGAUCGUCGCGACUUUUUCGGGCUUCUGCACUUCAGCGCCCCGAGACCCAAGAUUCUUCGGAUCUUGGCCAGCGAUCUCAACGAUUGUCCGGAUGUAUUGGUCGACCGAGUGUCCAUCACCGAUCGCGCUUGGACUCCUGUAUCGCACUGGCAGACCUUGCUGUCAAAGAUCGCGUUCAAGGCACUCGACACGGUCCGACAUGUCCAUUCUUGCACCCCUGCAUUCACUCGUCCUCACUACCGUGGUAGAGGGGAAGAGCGAAAGAUUUGCUCGUGGUCGCGGAUUGACUAUAUUCUUGUCCAAUGCAGUUGGGCGAACCGGUUGUUGAGCGCUUCUACGCUCUUCGAUGCGCCCUGUUCGGACCACAGACCUGUAGUUGCGACUUUCGCUUUGCCUACAUCGAACGCUGAUGCCGAACCCCCCCUUUCUCUUCCCUCCACGAGCGAUUUCAUUUCAAGGCUCAACCCAAUGGUCUUUGACGAUCAAGACUUUGUCGCAUCGAUUCCCGGGUCGUCGACGAGGUCUAUCGAAGGCUCGAGGGGACCGCUCCACUUGGCGAUGUCUAUGACGCCGCUCUGCGGGCGGUUGCAGUCGCUGGCCAUGCACGAUACCGCUCGACUUGUGCCGAGAGCCAAUCCGUCAUGGAGGCUUUGGAGGCACGCGGUGAGCACGUGAAUUGUGAAGAGUCCACUCUCAGCUCGACAGGGGCGCCUCGGUCGUUGCGCGCACUUGCUAGCCCGCCCCCCGGCGGUGGGACUUAGACGCGCGCGACUGCCUCAGCGCGCCAGCGCCGGCGGAUUCAUGCGCGCGCCCGCUAGCCCGCCCCCUUGCGGUGGAGACUUAGGCGCGCCGGCGAUUUCACCCGCGGCUGACUUAGGGAUGUACAUUGUCACGCGCCUGGGCCUAUCCCAGCGUGGCCCCCUUUCUGUUUCUUAG